CCCGAAGCAGCGAGGGGAGACCCUGGAGUUGGCGUGAAGUGCUUUCAACGAAUGCCGUAGCGACUCGGAUCCGUGGAAAAGUGUGGGAAUUAAUCCAUAAAGGGCCAUAUGAAUCGAGGUUACCUGCUGUCUGGUGUCCGGUUUUGAAGCAUCUUGCUGAGUUGUUUUUGAUAGUCAGCAUUUUGGAUCACCGUUGGCAAAAGCAGCGGCAGCUCGCAUUAGCAUUUGGUUUUUCCCCAGCUGGCCGUCCUGGGCGAAGUUAAUUAUUUCCAUUAGCAUUAACGCCAGUCGUAAUUGUUUCUUAAUCCCGUCACCUACUCAGCGUCCAGCCAUUAGCAUUGGGCACCGGUAGCUGCCACCAUGGAUCGCGGGAGCUGGAGCGGCAGCGAGAGUCCAGGGGACGACAUGGAGAGACUGAGUGACUCGGGCGGAGAUAAGACCAUGGACGGGGACCCCGAGGGGGUCUGGAGCCCCGACAUCGAGCAGAGCUUCCAGGAGGCUCUGGCCAUUUACCCGCCCUGUGGAAGGAGGAAGAUUAUACUGUCAGAUGAAGGGAAGAUGUAUGGUCGGAAUGAGCUGAUAGCCAGAUACAUCAAGCUCCGGACGGGCAAGACGCGGACGAGGAAACAGGUAUCCAGUCACAUCCAGGUGUUAGCCAGAAGAAAAUCCAGAGAGUUUCAAUCCAAACUAAAGGACCAGAAUGCCAAGGAGAAGGCCCUGCAGAGCAUCUCGUCCAUGUCCUCGGCCCAGAUCGUCUCGGCCACCGCCAUACACAGCAAGCUCCUGCCCGGAAUAGUGCGGAGCAGCUUUCCCAGCAAUGCACAGCUGUGGCAGGGAAUGAUUCCUGAAGGACAGUCCAGCUCCACCACAGAAGACAUCAAGCCGUUCUCUCAGCAAGCCUACCCUGGGCAGACAGCGGGGACCACCACAAUCUCAGCCUACGAGCCUCCAGCGGCAGCCCAAACGCACAGAGAGCCGGCGUGGCAGGGUCGCUCCAUCGGCACCACCAAACUACGACUGGUGGAGUUUUCAUCUUUCCUGGAGACCCAGAGGGACCAGGAGGCAUACAACAAGCACCUGUUUGUGAACAUCAGCCAGAGCAGCAUGAACUACAGCGACCCCAUGCUGGAGUGUGUGGACAUCAGGCAGAUCUACGACAAGUUUCCCGAGAAGAAGGGCGGCCUCAAGGAGCUGUUCGGCAAGGGCCCGCAAAACGCUUUCUACCUGAUCAAGUUCUGGGCCGACCUCAGUUACAACGUGCAGGAUGACCCGGCAGCCUUCUACGGUGUCAGCAGCCAAUACGAGAGCUCGGAGAACAUGACCAUCACCUGCUCCACCAAGGUCUGCUCCUUCGGCAAGCAGGUGGUCGAGAAAGUGGAGACGGAUUACGCAAGGUUUGAAAACGGACGCUUCGUUUACAGAAUCAGCCGCUCUCCGAUGUGUGAAUACAUGAUCAACUUCAUCCACAAGCUCAAGCACCUGCCGGAGAAAUACAUGAUGAACAGUGUGCUGGAGAACUUCACUAUACUGCUGGUGGUCAGCAACAGAGACACUCAGGAGACGUUGCUUUGUAUGGCGUGUGUGUUUGAGGUGUCCAACAAUGAGCACGGAGCUCAGCACCACAUCUAUCGCCUCGUCAAGGAAUAACACACAUGUAGACACACACACACACACACACACACUCACAAACAUAUGGCCUUUUUGCUUGAUGAUAGACGGGGACAUUGCAGGUAAACUGUCUAAAAUGGAAUACUACUAAAGUGUCUUUCACCCAAACACACUCCCCUUGGGGAGGAAGAAAAUGGCUGCAUUUUCACUGCUGCUCACGAAACACCACCACAACAUUUGGGGCAUUUCUUAUUUAACAUCAGACAUUAUGGAGAAUACCAACGCAUAAAUCAUGACGCCGGUCUGAAUAGCAGAUGCUCCUUAGCUGUUAAAACACCAGGAAACACACUGGGAUCAACCCGGGUGUUUUUUACCACAAACCCGACUGGAGACGUCCUGUCCUGUCCUGUCUCGUCCUGUUUGCUUUCUUUCCCUCUUGUCCCAGUUCAUUUGUACUUUGCUUUACACUGUAAAUGGAAAUGGAAGUUCUUCUUCUGGCCCCUGUAUUCGGUAAUGUCAACCAAGAGACAAAAAAAACUCAAUCUUGCAAUUGUUGCCUGUGACAAAGGUGUGUGUGUGUUAUCUGCCGAGACACUGACGGACACUGAAGGUCAGACCCUGUGUAUCAUCACACUGCUGCGUAUAGAACAGAUAGUCACUCAACAUUGUGUUAGCUGCAUUCUUGCAGAAAGGAAGAAAAGAGGUUUGUCCCUAAAAUAAAAUAUUAUAUGUUAAUUCCAGUAAUAUUAUCUCAAAUUUAUGUUGAGAAGAACAUAACAUAAGCAAAAUCAAACAAUUCAGGUACCGUUUUGUGCAACUAAUGAUUCUUCAUCCUAUAUAAAUAAAGCAAGCGUGUUAAAGCGUUAAUCCUUAACAGCUGAGGCUUUUAUUGUGAAGCAUUAGUUAACAUUAGCAUUAAUGUAACACAGCUAUGAAAGGUCCUUAAAACGUUUGGGGAAUGAGAUAAAGUUCCACCAUUAACAACAAAAACAGAUCAUAUCAAGAGGUAAAGGAAGAAGUAUGUUGCUUUCAAUGGCUGUUGUGGGAAAAUUCACACCAUUAAAUGUACCCAAACAACAGCUUGAUAUCAUGAAAAUCUUAAGGAUUAUAACUUUAAUUAUUAAAUGUAUUUUGGUCAGUCCAUUUGGAAGCACUGUGAAUCUUUAAAACAUUUUUGUCUUUGUCUCAAACUGUUAAAACAUGAUUCUUUUGAUCAGCUGUUGAUAUUCUUUUGGUCUGAAAUAUUAUUACGUCCAUAUUUACAUCAAGGCUUAUCCAUGGCAACUGUGGUGAAAGAUGAUUCCCUUUAUUCCAGGACCAGCUCCUGUCAGUGGGAUGAUGAUGGGGGGCUCGUUGGCUCGCUUUAUGGGUCCAACGUGAAUUAGAAUUAGGUGUCAAGAUGCUGAUUCUUGUUCAUUUCAUGGCUGCUUUUAGAGGUAUUUUUCCAUGUGUAUGCGUGACAGGUUACUGUCUGGUGGCUCAUUCACAAAAUUCAACAUGGACUUGUUACUACUAGCAUACCUUCACAUAGAAAAAACUAUAUUCAUCAACGAAGAAAAGUGAUGCUGAUUAACAUGGUGUGAUAUUCUUUAUUCUAAGAUAUAUAUUAACGUGUGGUCCAGAAUACCCACAAGAGUCCCGUGGGUGUUUCUCAGGGUUACAGAAAAACCAUGUGUCAGGAAAACCUCUUUCAAAAUUCCCCUGCCUUCAAUUUCCCCAGGUUGGUCUCACGCUGCAAUGAUCCGUGGUUUGUGAGCAGAUUACUUGACCUCCACAGCAGCGUGGGCGUGAUAACCCACUACACAGCCUUAAAGGGGCCGAGGUUGCCAUCACGACCCUCUGUCGAGACAUUAUCUAUCAACUGCUUACCAAAGACAGUCAUCAUGUGACACAAAAGGAGGAAUGGAUUUAUGACGAGCUAGAGGAAAUCACAAUCUUCUGACAAAACAACAGGACAAUCAACACACAAACAUUUGUUGCUCAUGGGCCACUCAGUAAAAGUGUCAAGACGUAAGUAAAACCACCACAAGAUGAACACAAAGCGGUGGAAACCUUUUGAGUCUUUUUUAACCUGGUUCUGCUUUUGAAGUCAUUUUUCAAAUUUCACCUUAUGAAAUAUAGCCAAUAUACCCGAUAUAGCCGUCAUGGUUGACAGGUUGAAAAAGCAGUAUAAGAACGCCCCAGAAACCCCAAAUGUGUGUUGAACCUAACAAAAGCUCCACUUGAAGGCUUUACUGUUACAUGUCCACUCAUUGGAUGAACCAGAGGAGCGCUCACACUGAUUGGGUCACACUAUACGCAUCAUGUACCACUAGCUGCCUGAAGGGGAUUCAAGAGGCUUCAAAGCUCUGAUCUAAGUUUCAUGGUCCGUGUUGUUGAUGUUGUUUUGUACGUGCAAGGUGGAUAUUUCUCUUAUUUUUUGGAACCGCACGUGGCACAGAAGUCCUGUCUGUGAUCUUUUCCGAAAUGGCCUUGAAUCUUUUCGCUUUUGGCAGCACAUCUGUAUCUGCACUGAGGGUUUUUGAUAAGGUGCUUUAUAUAAAGGUGACAAUACCGUUUAUUACAGAUGUUGUGUAUAUCUUUGAUAUUCUAAUGUUUAUCCUAUUUUGCAAAGAAGAGAGAACAUUUAGGAGAAUCUAUAAGCUAGUAAUGGUUGUCCAUUGGUACUGCACAGGGUCUGAUCUUUGCUUUGUAACUUUUCCCCCUAUUGGCUAAAAGUAUGUUAGAUAUUUUCUAGCUUUGUAGAGACUUUGUACGUAUAUGCUAUUCAGUUUAAAUAAAUGGUCAGUUCCAAAUUGUAACGUGGGUAUUUUGUCUUAACUUGUUAGUUCACAAUGACUACAAUUUCCAUACCCUAAACUCAGAAUUCACUCUGCCUCCCUCAUCCAUAUUUGAGGGUUCUUUUCUUGGAAUAAACCUUUUUACUUGAGUUGUCUCUGACAAAGAUUUCAUUUUAUAUCACUAAGUUACCUAAAUUCUCCUCUGAAGGGCUGUUCAAUCCAUAAAUCCAUUGGAGAAGUGAGAAGAAUAAAAAGAAAUAUUUA